GCUCUUUCUUGGCAGAAUUCUGGGUACAGUGACCUUUCUGUAUAUGUCAAUCUGUCUGUCUGUGAAUAGUGUCUGACUUCAUUGUAAAUUCUCUCAGCAGCAGUCUGACGAACGUGGCGUUCUGAGAAGGGCCUCUGACUAGGGUGUCAGAAACCUCCUGUCUAUGGACCUUGGUGUUUGUGGUUGAUGUGCUGGGCUGGAAGAAUGUGCAAACAGAGGCAGAAGACUGAUCUUUGAAAAUAUGUAUUUGGGAGAUAGUCACGUUCUGUUGAAUACCUUGUGCUGGUGCUGCCAUAGAAAAAUCUGGUUACACUCCGGGGAGGCCUGCUGCUGCUGCAGGACUGAACCACCUCGGCCCUGA